AAACUGCUUCAUGUUGGUCUCAUAAAGUCUGAAUGUAAAGAAAACAGCUGAAACAGUUUUUCAGUUUCAUUGUGAUGGAGAAUCUGGCUGUGAUUCAACAAUGUAAAGAGACGAAGAGACGACGUAACAACACGAAACCUCAAGGACGUAGAAACAGUUAAACACGAUAAAGACCAGAGGAAGACGUCACGUUCAUCUCGCUUUAUCCAGGACGCGUUUACAACACGUUCCUUAAUGGAUCCAACGAGAGCAAAUUUCCCCCAAAACAGACGCGUUCAGUCGCCUCCACUGUGGAGGAACAGCUUCAUCCUUUCAUUAUUCAUUAUCAUCUCAUAACAGCUGUAAAGUUUCAGUUCCUGCUCUAACUCAGGUGUUUCUAAUUUUCUGAUCGCCUCAUGUGAAACACAAACAGCUCCCAGUACAACAACAAUAACAACAACAACAAUAAUAAUAAUAAUAAUAAUAAUAAUAAUAAUAAUAACUGUCUUUAUUAGCUGAAGAAAUUCAUGUUUUUAUUCUUUAUAACAACAGUGAAGAAAGUGAUGAAACUAGAGAAAUAAUAAAACCGUGUUAAUAAGGACAGUGUUGAUCAGUUGUGUGAUGUGAGCUGAGUGUGUCCUCGGUGUCUAAACUGAGGUCAAAGGUCACUGGGUCUCCGUCAGUGUCAUUUAUCAGAUUUGCUCUGUUUUUAUUUCCCUGAUCGUUUGGACUCGUCUCCUCUCAUGCUGUCCUCUGUGUGAAUGUCACUGUGUGUUAUGGUAUAUUUGUGUGUGUCUGUGUCUGUGUGUGUGGGCUGCUUUCAUAAUCUCGGGGUUUUAUCAGCCCCCCCCCCCCCGCUGAGGACCAAUCAGCUUACAGCUCAUUAACUGGAUCAGACUGGAGGGGGUACAAGGCUGAAGACAAAACAACAAGCACACAGCUCAUUAACAGAAAACACAGCGAGAACAACGACCACUCGUUAUUUACAACCACAACCUCAACAACACUCACUCAGUGUAAAGGAAACAGAUGCAGAGACAUUUACAUGUGUGAAUAACUAAAGCUCUGACAGAGAAAUAGAAAUCUAAUGUUUAUAAUCACAUCAGAAAUGUUUGGUAACACUUUCACAAAUGUGCCAGUUUUUGUUGAAAUAUUAUGAUUUAAAUAUUUAAUAUUUAAGUAAAUAUACUUUUCAUCUUUAAACUGAACAGCAGGAGAUGGUCUGAUCUGGGUCUGGUCUGGUCCAGGUCUGGGCCUGGUCUGGCAGUAGCCGGUGUAGAGGUCAUGUUUAGUCCUGUAGAGGAGUCUAAUCUGAGCGAUGGGAGGUUAAGAUUAGACGGUUUAGGCCUCAUGAAGCCUCCCAAAUAUAAUCUGAGUGAGUCCUGAAGAUGGAAAACUGAUCCUGAUUCCCUGCUGGACUCAGAUCUGUCUGUCUGGGAGGAGGGAGGACGUCUGUAGAUCCAGAGUUUAAGAUACUGUUAAUAACUAAAUUCACAGCAUCAGGACUUUUAAAAUCAUUUGUGUGACUGGAGUUUAAAUUUCCGUGUUUCAGUUUUCCCUCCUCUCCUCGUUUCCUCUCUUCUCCUUCCUGUUAAUCCAAUUAUCCAAUAAAAGAUGUCCGCCAUUGUUGACUGUGUGAAGCGGCAGGGGGUGAGGAGGGGUGAGGGGGUGAGGGGGGGGUCACAGUCUGGACGAGGACGAGGCUAAUUAUAGAGAAGUGACUGAGUGCAACAGCUUCUAAUUUAAUGAUCAGUCUGUGGUGACUGUAAAAAUACUUUGUUUACACAUCUCAGCUCUUUAUUUCUAGUUAAUAUGUACAAUAUAUAUAUAUUUAUAUAUAUAUAUGUAUACAUAUAUAUAAUGACCAUGAUAAAUAUUUGUUAAUGUAUUUUAACGUUAUCACAUUAAUACAGUUUAUGGGCAACUAAAUAAUUAUGUUAUUUGGCAGUCACUGCAUUAGAAAAUUGCCUAAAUGCAUUUUGUUUUGUUUCUAUUAUUUCUAUAAUUUCUAUAUUACACACAAGACAAAACUAUUAAAUUAUUUUACUGUAGUUUACAAGAUAAAAUAAUAACAAAUCUUAUUAAUGUUAUAAAGACAUUUAUAAAACUCAAAAUGUAAAUUAAGUUUUGAAUUAAUCUGUAAAAAUACAAUCACUAUUGUAAGAGGUUCCGUGUAUUUGGAUUUUUGGUGAUUUUAUAUUAAUGUACUUAAGAUGAAUAAAUGUUUAAAAACCCAUUGAAUCAGCCAGUAAAGAAUUUAUCAUGAAUGUAUGAACAGUAACUAAAUUCACACUGCUGAAUAGUUUUUAUAGACUGCAGGUGUUUUAUUCUGAUUUAAACUCUUUCUAACGAGCCUCUUUUUUAUUUUAAUCACAGUUGAAGUUAAUUUAGUGAAAACAGGUGAAAAGUGUGAGUCCGUCGCUUCAUUAUCACCUUCAACCUUUUAAUGCUUAAUGUGACCUUGCAGCGUGUUCAUGUAAUCCACUCCGACUGGUCCAUCAUAAAGACCACCUGGCUGACUCCUGGCUUCCUCAGCGCUGAACUGUGAUUCUGGCUGAAGUCCGGCUGAAGUCCGGCUGGAUUCUGGUUGGAUUGUGAAGCAGCUUUGUCACAUCAUUGAAUGGAGAUCUCGCCCCAGAAAAAUAAAUCCAAGACAUGUUUAAGUUCAUAAUUGCAACCAGUGGGCCCAAUAGGACAAUAUUUGAUGGGAAUGUGAUCCAACCAGAACCAACAGGAACCCAACAGGAACCCAGCUGGAAUCCAGAGAGUAUUUAUCAAUAGUUCUAACUUGCUGUUCAUUGCAUGUUUCUACAGUGUUAAUAGUCUGUUGAUGAUUCUGUCCUUAUAUUAAAGGUUUAUGGACUAAAACCAGACCUGAUCUGGACACAUUUCCACAUUUGUAAGAAGCUAUGAGUCAUGCAUCACCAGUUUUUUGGACUAGAGUAGAGUUGUAGCAGAGCCCAGGUAAAACAUACGCGUCAUACCUGAAGUAUCGUACGUUCAUUUUGAGUUUAAUUCAGCUGUUUUUAACCUGAUCUGUUGUACGAAGUGGAACCUUUCUUUUCAACACAAUCAGUGUGUUAGUUUGAUUUCCUUUAAGCCACACUGACCCGUUGCUCUGGUGCACCGUGGCUCUGACAGUCAUCCACUCCAGCAGCUUAACAAAUAGGAUUAGAGCAAAGAGAAAAAAAUCUCCAGCAGCAGCAAAGUCCCAUCUGCUCACCUGACAGGGAGCAACGAGCAACCCGGCGACGCCACGUCAGGACCAUCCCGAGCCUCUGGACAAUAUCCCUCCAUUUCCUUUUUAAACUUUCUGACAAAUGCUGUGCAGAGUGGUGGAUGGAUGACUGUGAGAAGGAGGCCGCUGAUGAGCUGAGGACGUGGAAAUAAGAAGCAGCGAGUCCGGGGGCUGGAGCUCUGGAGGAGUUUUUAAAAGAAAUGUCUGGAAAGCGUGGGAGGUUGGUGCUGUGGGCGCUCGGAGCCGUGCUGCUUUCAGGGUACAUGUGCAUGGAAACAGGUUUGUAUGAAGUCUUUAAUACGUAUUUAUGCUUUCUUUAAGAAGCAUUUAGAUCCUUUAAGUAGCAAUACGUGGAUAUAAAAUACUGAGCCACUCCAGUGCAAAGUAAAACUACAGUAUUAUCAGCAAAUAUACUCCAAGUAUUGAAGUAGAAGUACUCCUGUUACUGAUGAAACAUUAAUCACUUGAACAGUUACUGAAAUGAAACCAAUGGAGAGGUUUAGAGGGGAAAUGUUUCUUUGGUGGACCUGCCACUAUUGAGUCAAUUAAUUGAUGACUUGAUCAUAAAAUAUUUUCAGUUCAACCUAAAAUAUAAAUCAGUAAAAGUAACUAACUGUAACUACAAAGGUCAGUAUAUCAGUAAAUGUACGUUUGCUUUCACUGAAUGUCUCUGAUUUUUCGGAUGCCUGGAUAGAUGCCUCACAUGACCUGAAGGUGGAUUCGGAGGAGCAUGGUGGACACCUGGGCGAGCCAAUGGUGGACUCAGAUCAGCUUUUAUACAGACGACACGCCGCACUAACUCGAAGAAAAAGGGACAUCUUGUUUCCCAGCGGCGUCAAACUUUGCACUCAGGAGACGUUCGACCAGGCCGUCGUCAACCAUCUCUACUACUUUCACCUCAGAGUGUGUCAGGAGACGGUGUGGGAGGCCUUUAAGAUCUUCUGGGACCGGCUGCCGGACCGGGACGAGUACCAGGACUGGGUCGGUCGCUGUAAGAACGGCUCCAUCAGCGUCAUGGACAUCGGCAGCUUCUUCAGCCAAUCAGAGGAGCACAUCAACCUCAUCAAGAGUAGAGUUGCCAUGGCGACUGCGAAGAACAGUGUGCCCAUCACCUCAGGCCCUACUCCAUGCAGCUCUGAAACAACAACGGUCCAAACUGGAGACUCAGCGACUGAGACCCUGCCAGGAGAGGAUGUUGUCAUCAUUGAAUCAGAGACAAUGGCAACCGACCAAAUCAGCGGUACACCAGGCUUCAGGGUCACUGCUUCAACCCCUCUGCUCUCUCCAACUGAAGGGUCGGAUCAAGAGGUUCCUGUAACAUAUUUAACUGAGAUUCCUGUGGAUUUGACUUCUGCACCUGCUGUUGCUGCCAAGCCAAUUGACACUGAAGACAUCCAGGAGACUGGAGGCAGCAUCACUUCAGAUAGUCCACCUUCAGUCAUGACUGACAUUGAGAUUCCCACUGAGUCUGAAGAUGGAGAUGUUUCAUACAUUGCUGAGAAUACUGUGGAGGUUGCCACAGAGGUUGCUGACUCUGUUACCCAUAAGCCCCUUGAUGGGAAAGAAGACAAAACUGUCCCAGAUACAACAAAAGAGACAAUGGAUGUUGUAGAGGAAGAUAACGAGAUCCUUGAGUUUGUUCCUGAGGAUGUGGUUUUACCUGAUCCAGGGCUGAUUGAGGAAGUUACCCCAAAAGGUGAGGAGCCCCCCUCAGAAGCUGUGGCUCAAGAGGUCCUCACUGAAGCUACUGUUGCAGUUUUUACUAUGCCCACUACAAUACCUGCUACAGAAGCUGUCACAGAGGAGGAAGUAGGGCAGGGAGUAUCUCCAGAACCUGGUACAGAGGAACCAUCAGAAAUCAUGACGGAGGUUAUCCCAGAGACAACUGUUGAGGUCAUCGUCGGCCCAGAUGUUGAAGAAAUGCUAGACAAUCCUUUGGAUAUCACUCCAAACAUAACCUUGACUGAUAAGGUUUUAGAGGAACCCACUGAGGAUUCACCUGGGCUAAUCACUGAAACAGGACCAGAUGUACCUGAUCCAGUUGAGGCAGCAGUUCUUGAAGAACCUGAAGGUGAAAUACAGAAACCACCAGUUGAACACCCGUCAGAGGCUGUUGUAGUAGUUAGCCAUGAUGAAACUGAAAUCAGCACAGAAGCAGUUCAGACUGUGUUUCUGAUAACAGAUUCAGAUUCAGAAGAUAAAAUAUUCAUAAAUGUGACUCCAGAACAAGAAUCUGUCUCAAAUGUAGAAACAGAAAUUCCAUCCCAGGCUUCUAUUCUGGUGACAACAGACAAGAUAGAAGAAAGAGUUACUGAAGACAAACCGACAUUAAUGGCAGAGGUUACUCCUGAGCCUGCUGUGGUGAUCUUACAAGGUGAAAAGGAUGAAGACACCUCUCAUGUCGCUGAGGAAAUACCACCAAAUACUACUGUGGCAGAAAAAGAGACAACAGACAAAGAUACACCUGGUGAAACUGUAGAAGAAGCAGCAGUGGUUGAAACAGACAAAGCAGACGGGGAAGUAGAGGUAGAAAUCAAACACGAAGAAGAUAAACCGACAGUUGUUUCUGAAGAUAAAAUAACUGAAGCUGCUGUUGAGGUGGAGUCUCCUGAGGUGGUAACAAUAAAGACAGAUGUAAAAGAGAUAGUUGAGACUGUUGUUGAAGAAACGGCUGAAGAAGAACUAGCAGUUCAAACAGAAAAGAUCAAUGUGGCAGAAGGAGAAGAAAAACUGGCCAAGGAAGCAGAGGGGACAACAUUUACUGUGGAGGAUAUUGAAGAAGCUCCAGUAGAAGUUACAAAAGAAGAAGAACCAGUUGAAGCUGAAAUAGAAACAAGUGUUGUGGAAGAGCCAGUGAAGAGAGUAGACACAAAACAAAUAGAGAAAGAGGCAGUUGAAGCUACAGGAGAACCAACUGAAGGUGGAGAAGAAACACCUGAAGCACCAAUAGAACCUGCUGAGGAGGAAAGAGGAGAGAUAAUCGAAACUGCAGUAGAAAGUGUACAAGAGCCAGAACCUGUAGAAGAAACUGUAGACAUAAUAGAAACUACAGAGGGUUCUGUGAAAGAAGCAGAACCUGCACAAGAAGUUGAAUCUGUAGAAGAACCACAACAAAAACCAGAACUUGUAGAAGACAUUACAGAAGAUAUCAAACCCACAGGAGAAUCAACACAGGAUGUAGAAGUCAUAGAAGAAAUUGUAGAAGAGUUAGAACCCACAGAAGAACCAGCACAAGAACCUGAACUUGUAGAAGAUGCCUCAGAAGGGAUAAAAUCCAUAGUUGAACCAGCACAAGAUGUAGAACUUGUAGAAGAAAUUGUACCCACAGAAGAACUAGUACAAGAACCUGAACUUGUAGAAGACAUUGCAGAAGCCAUCGAACCCACAGGAGAACCAACACAAGAAAUUUUAAAAGAGUCAGAACUGACAGAAGAACUAGCACAAGAACUAGAACCUGUAGAAGAAGUUGCAGAAGAGAAGAAACCUACAGGAGGGACUGCACUAGAAGCAGAACACAAAGUACCUGAUGAGGAUAAAACCGAUCCUGGAGUUACAUCUGUAGAUAUUACAAAAGAAGCAGUUGGAGGUGAACCAUCUGAGGAAAGAGAGGAGGCAACUUCUGAGGCUUCUGAGGAGAUAACACAAGAUAUUGAUUUUGGAGAACCAGGAGCAGGGGGAGCUAAACCAGAUGUUACAGAGGAGGUUCUACUAGAGAUUCCUUCAGAGUGUGACGAGGACAUCACUCCAGUUGUUGUUGUUAUUCCAGAAGACACAGAGGAAUCAUUGCCAGGGACUGAGGUGGAGGAAACACCUGAACCAGAAAUAAUGGUAGAACCUCCGGGAGAUUCUGAGGUAGAAGUACCUUCAGAACUCACCAAGGAGAGUACUACCCAGGCGGUUGAGCCUUCAAGUGAUGUCUCAGAACCUGGAUACUUUCCAGAAGUUGAGGAAGAAAUCACCCCAGAGGUUCCAAGUGAAACUCCAGAAGCUGUGACUCACAUCCAACCAGGGACAAUUUCAGAGGUAGAAACCCCUGAGGAGGUCAUCCGCGAGUCACCUGAAGAGCUUGCCCCAGAAUCUGCACCUAAGGAAGACAGCACACCAAGUAAAGACAGUAUCCAGGUUGUUCCAGAAAAGGUUGCCCCAGAGGUUGAACCUGAGGAAGAUGGUGGUCCCAGAGAGGACAGUGUCCAGGUUGCUCCGGCAGAGGUUCCCCCAGAGAAAACUGAUGGUAUCUCUCCAGAAGUUGCAGCAGAGGAUGCAGGGAAAAUUAUGACGGAGGCUCCAGCUGAAGGACCAUCUGAGUCUACAGAUGAGAUCAUCCCAGAGACUGUUACUGCCACUGAGGAGGCCACCCCUGGUACCUCGUUGGAAGUCACAACCAAAUAUGAAGUAGAGUACAACAAUGGCAACUUCCCUGACUCAACAGAAAGGCCUUAUGUUGUAGAUGACGACUUACUGGGAAACAACGGCUUUGGGUUGGAAAACGAGGUGGAGAACUCGAUUGGUAAUGAGAUCGACGACACCUUGUUGCGACCUCUGAGGCCCCUGAAGGACCAUGUUGUGGAGCUGAGCAUCAAGCUGAGAGGAGAAACCUACAACGACGCUCUGAGAGACCCGAGCAGCUUCCACUACCAGCAGCUGGCCAGACACUUCACACGCAAGAUUGAAGACGCCUUUGAGAGGCUGCCAGGCUUUAAGAACGUCUAUGUCGUUGAGUUCAGGCCACAGAAGGACCUGGAGCGGGGUUUGGUGGUCCUGGUCCACUACACCAUCACUCUGGAGGUCGACAGCGGCGGCAUCACCAAUGACACGCUGGACUUCAUCUCUCUGCAAAACAACCUGGUGGAGAAGAACUACCCCGGAGCCGCCGAGCAGCCCACCGUCGUCUACACCAUCACUGACUUCCGCAACUAUAUCACUGAAGCGCUGCACAAAGACAACUUCAUGACCAACAGCAGCCUGGAGACGCAGCCCGACCCGCUGCAGCUGGAGAACGCUGAGAACUUGUUGCCUUCUGGGAAGCCUACGAUCCAACCGGUGGACACCUACGACAACAUGGAUAACGUACUUGCUGCAGAGAAGCCUCCUGAUGCUCCGAGCCACGAGGUGGACAGUAGUGAUGUUUUCCUGAAGAAGGAGGACUUCCUGUUCGACCCCUUUGACCCAUGGAAAGGUCCUCAGAGUGGUGGGGUGAGCGAGAACGACGUCUUCAUGUUUGACGAGAGCACAGCUCCUCCACCGCCAGCCAAAAUCUCCGAGAGGACGUUAGACCUGGAGCAAACAACUCAAGAUAAUAAUGGAAAUAUUGAAGAUGAGGGAUUUCUCCUCAGUAACACUCUCGGCGCCGGAGACAAUACCCCCCGAGGGGACGAUGUAGUCAGUCCUGAAGGCUCCUCUGCUGCCCCUCCUCCACUGCUGAAACCUCAGACUGGCUCUGAGAGCACACUGGAUGACGGAUCUGGCUCUGGUUUCUCUGGAGACGGCCAAGGAGCUGAUCUCUGGUCCUGGCAGCCCACAGCGACAUCUGACGGGACCGGCUCUUACAACAAUGGGGAUGGUAGCCUGGAGGUGCUACCACCACCUGAUCUUGAGGAGAAUGAUGAGGAGGACGAAGACCAGGAGGAGGAGGAGGUUGUGGCAGAGUCACCAAACACUGAGAGAGAUGAUUUGGUUGCAGUGGGAGUAGAAUUCACCAGUACUCCCAGUUUACAGACAACAACAGCUCCUGCUUUUGAGGAGUCAGUGCUAGAUGGAGGCAUUGAGGAACCUUUUCUGGAUAAAGUUCUGGUCACACCACACAUCAGCACUGACCCGCGGUAUUCAACCACGAUCCAAGCACCUGUAUUCUCGCCCAAAGGAACCCUGACUGUCGAACUGUCAGUGCAGACAGUCGAAGCAUCAGGCACAUAUGAUGACUAUUCCAUGACGGAACCACAUUUGAUUGUGGCGCCAGUCACAGAUUAUCCUGAACCCGAAGCUUGGACUCAUGAGGCCCCUGUUUUUGCAGGACUAACUGAUGCAGCAAUCAAGCUUCAAGAAACCACUGAAGUGGUGGAAGUAACUACUGCAGCAGCAGUGCAGCUUCCAGUAGUUACAGUUGGGUCGUCAUCAGCAGAAGAUCUACCUGAAGAGGAGGAAGUUGAAGUCAUUGUUGCGCCUGAAGUGUCUGAAGACCUGGAAGUCCCUGUUACUGAUGUCUCCUCAACAGAAGAGUUUCCUUCGUUUGUGGAAGUCCAGGCAGUCACAGUCAAAGAAUCAAGCUUUGUUACAGAAAAGCCGUCAGAUGUCAAGGUACUUACGGAGAAACCAGAACUACUGGAUGAGGUUGAGAUUUUGGAGGAGCAGCACAUAGGUGCCACUGAUCCUACAACAACAACAACAGCCUUAGCGGUUGGAGUGCUAGACAGAGACCUGGUUGUGGAUGAAGUCAUGGUCGUCACUACAACAACUGCUGCUCCGGUUCCAACUGCAUCCAUAAGCUCAGACCACAGCAGCUACAUUGUGCUCUCACCUGAAAAGGACUCACCGUUCACUCGAGUGUCGGAUUCUGUGCCAGAAGAUGAGGAACCGGUUCAAGAUGAGCACCUAAACCAUGAAGAUGUUCACGAAGUUCCAAUAAGCACCACGUCUUCAGCUGUUACUCAGUGGCUACCGACAGAAGAAGAUACAGGUAUCCUCCAAACAACAACUUCCUCGCUUCAGGAAGUCAAAGACAGCACUCCAGCUGCCGAAAUCCAAAUCUUUGAGCACGAUUUCUCCAACAUACCAAGCAUCGACGUCAGCUUUGAUGUGUUCCAGUAUGGUGGUGUGGCAACUGAAGGCGACAGCAGUGGCUUCUUCAGCGGGGCUCAAGGGUCAGAUUUGGACGCCAUUGCAUUACCAACCCGACCUGGCAGGGCCCUCACUGUGUUCUUCAGCCUGAGGGUGACCAACAUGGCAUUCUCCAUGGACCUGUUCAACAAGAGCUCCUCUGAAUACAAGGCCCUGGAGCAGCGCUUCCUACAACUGCUGGUCCCGUACCUGCAGUCCAACCUGAACAACUUCCAGAACCUGGAGAUUCUCAACUUCAGAAACGGCAGCAUAGUGGUGAACAGCAGGAUGAGGUUCGGUAAGCCAGUUCCCAGAGGCGUCACUAACGUUGUCUACCUGAUCCUGGAGGACUUCGCCAACACCGCCUACCAGACGAUGAACCUGGCCAUCGACAAGUACUCCCUGGAUGUCGAAUCAGGUGACGGAGCGGAUCCCUGUAAGUUCCAGGCGUGUAACGAGUUUUCCAAAUGUAUGGUGAAUCAGUGGUCGGGUGAGGCCGAGUGCGUUUGCGACCCCGGGUACCUGAGCGUGGACGGUCUGCCGUGUCAGAGCGUCUGUGAGGUGCAACACGACUUCUGCCUCAACGAUGGAAAAUGCGACAUCAUCCCUGGCAGGGGCGCCAUCUGCAGAUGUCGGGUUGGAGAGAACUGGUGGUAUCGGGGUGAGCACUGCGAGGAGUAUGUUUCUGAGCCACUGGUGGUGGGCAUCGCCAUAGCCUCGGUGGCCGGUUUCCUCAUGGUGGCAGCCGGUAUCAUCUUCUUCCUGGCGAGGACGCUGCGAGAGCAGUACGACGGGGAGGACACUGAGGACCCACUAAGACGUGGUGACAGUGUACCAACACUGGAGCGUGCUGCCAAGUUCAACCCAAUGUUUGAGAGCGACCCGGUCACCGCCCAGUACUACCGUCGCUAUGAGGACGACAUGCCCCAGUACUAUCGCCGCCGUGACCCCGACAUCCCCGAGUACAGCAGCUCUGCAAGUGUAGACGGCUCCAAAGACUUCAGCAGUGAGGAGAUACAACACAUUUAUCAGAACACCACGCUCACUAAAGAGGAGAUCCAGGAGCGUCUGAGGAUAAUCGAGUUGUGUGCCAGGGAUCGACACUUUGCAGAAUUUGUGCAACAGACUCAAGUAUUCCUGGAGAGAAGAGGCAGCUCCACCACAUAGUGAACAGCGAGAUGGUGACCUCGAGAAACCCGCCUUUGUGUUCGACUCUGGGAAGGAAGAGGAGUUUGUCGUCACCUCGCUGCGGCCGGAGGUUGAAGGUGAUGAGAUGCUGAGACUUUUUGGGAGUUUGUUUUCUCUAAGGACUCUUUCUGCUCUGUUGGACGGGUUUCCUCCUCCUCCUCCUUUUAAGGACUUUGAAAUGAACUUUGACCUUUGCAGGGUCACCUGUUCCUCUUAUCUUUCCCUACUUCUGUAAAUACUUGUGUCGUUUGAAUUUUGUUUUCCUAAGUAACACUUCAGUUUCUGUUCAAUGCUUUCACUGUUUCCACUGCUGCGUACCUCUGUCUUACACUUUCUAAAGGGUUUCAUGGCUUUCAUCUUUAGCCUGAUUUUAAGGGUUUCUGUCUGCGUCCCAAUCUGCAUGUCACCGCUAGAAAAAAAACAUGUCACGUCAUUUUUCUGCGAUCGUUGAGUUGAGUUUAGGGGCCUUGCGACUGGUCACCAGAGAAAAAGGUCGUAUCUUUGUUUUCAUUCCACAAAAUCAUUUAAAUUUUCUUGCUUCCUUUCUUUCAUUUAACUUGGACGUUUUUCUGAUGUGGUUUCUCCUUUAAAGCCGUGACUCCUCCCCAUCAGUGCCUUCACCGCUCUGUUCGCUGCUUUUUUUUGGGAUUUGAUGCGUAGAACCUCAGAGCCCUUGACGUUACAUCAGCGCUCCCGUCACUCCAUGACAACCCGGAUCAGUAAACUGCCUGUUUUCUGUCUUUUUAUUCAUCCAAUCAGCUGCUUACCGAACGCGAGCCGGCACGCCUGCGAUUCACAUGAAUGUUUACAUUUCUCAAUCAAUGCUGGAGUGUUAACUGAUGCAUAGAUCAUGUGUAGUCUGUCAGUGUCUUGUAUGUGCAUGUUUUUCUAAAGAAGUCCUACCUAUGAAUGUUCGAAUUGGGUUCCCCAACAGGGAACUACAGGGACCAGUUUCUGACAGUCCUUUAGAUUGUCAACGACCGGAGAAAUGUUGAACGUGUCAACCAAGUUUUAAUGUUUCCAUCGUAUCAGCUUUUAGAUAAUAUCUUGCUCAUGCAAUCUUCAGUAUAUCUUGUUUGCUAGUGACUUUGUUCUUACAAGUUAUCAUCUUAUUCGUGAAAGAUUUUAUCUUGUCCACGCUACAUUCAAAUGAACUUGUUCGUACAUGACAUUAUCUUGUUUGAACAAGAAGAACAAAGUAAUAAAAAAUAUUGAUACUGACGUGUUUAAAGACCCUGGAGACCUUGACACACAACGACUAAUUUAAAUAAAGUUAUCGGAGUAUUGAAAUCCCAGGACAACUAGCAACAUCUCUCCGAACCUUUUUCAGUUUUUAAUGAUUUGAUUUUUCUUUGUUGCGUUUACUUGAAGAGUUUCUGCUUAAACUCACCCACCUGAAAUGUAAAUGAAGUAUAUUCCCAUAGACAAACAGCUGAUAUUUAUUGUUGUAUGUUUAGAUACUGAAUGUUUCAGUGUUUUUUCACUAGAGACCCCUCAAACCCAAUACAGCUGUUUGAAUCAGCGAGUCGACAGGUUUCCUAUCCCCACGAUUCACACAGGAACGUUAAAAUCAACUGAUGCUUGUGUUGAUGUUUGUUUGUGCAGGUCGGGGUGUCUGUUGUCUGUGGUGUUUUGUAUUGUGUUUUCUAUACUGUGCGUCCAACUAGAGUGUGAAGAGGAAAAAACUAAACUAUGAUGUGUUAGUGCGAGCAGGCACGCUCAUACUUUUCUAAAAUAAAGAGAUAAUAUUUUUUACAGA